AAUCAGUAGUUCUCAAUUUUGUAUGUCAUAGAUAUUCUUAAACCCUUUUCUAUAAUGUACGGACGGCCACCGUACAACGGCGGCGGCUGGCACGGAGCACAACCACCGUUCAACGGUUGGCCUCGAGCAGAACCACCGUACAAUGGCGGAGGCAGCAGCUGGCGUGGUGCAGAACCACCGUUGUACGGCAGAGGCAGCGGCUGGAACGGGGCGGCGCCACCACCACCACCACCACCACUAGGGUACCAAAGCCCUCAUGUUAAUCAUCAUCCUCAAUCUCCAAAUUUGUUCCAUCCAUCAAAUAACCCUAAUUUCCCGGUUCAAAAUCCUAACUUUCGGGGUUUUCCGGUUCAAACGAAACCCAGGUUCCAAUUCCAGCGGCCUCCUCCUUCUCCGCCACCACCUCAGGCUAAGAGUUCCUCCAAUUCUGGUGAGAUUGUUCUCAAAGUUGAUAGAGCUGUAAAGAAGGCGCGGCGAGACCUUGUAGAGGCGGGUGAAAAUGUAUCUACUUGGAAAGUUUCUCAAGCUGCAUUGGCUAUAGUUAAAGCUGAUUCCUGGGAGUCUUUAGGUGUCAAAAUGCAGAAUGUACCCUCUCUCCAUAGCCUCAUACUUAUCGAAGGGAAGAUUGUUGCUUUCAUCCACUGCUUUGUCGCUGUUCUAAGAGUUACCACAUUGUAUGAUUUGGAAGUUGCCAUAUGCAAGAAUGAGGGUAUUGAGCAGUUUGAAAAGCUGGAAUUGGGUCCUCUGCUGAAACAUCCGCUUAUAAUUCAUUACUUUUCUGUAAAUCCUGGUGUGUCAGAAGUUUUCAAAAUAACACAUGAGGAGAUAAUGUCCUUCCUUUCUGAGUUUAUGGAUGGUAAUGGAAGUACAGUUAUGAAAGUAGAUGAAUUUUUGAACUUCAUUGCUGAGAAGAAGUCUUCUGGAUCCAGAGAGAAGCUUGGUGUGCGAAUUCAGAGCUUGGGGAUGCAUAUUACAUUUAUCCAGCAAGCAAGGCUGUUUGAAACUAGUGCCAAGAACAAAUAUAUGCAUACGGUGAAAAAAGAACCCAGUAAAAUUAUUAGGAAUCGUCCUAUUCUAUCUGCACAGAAGAAGCAGUUAGAUAAGAAUUUCAUUUCCAUAUCAUCAGAUUCAGAAGAUACAAGCAGUGACAGUGAUCAAGAUGAAACUGAAAACACUAAAAGUUCAGAGGAACCACACAUAUCUCCUUACCCAUCAGCAUCUGUUGAAAUGAAGCCAUAUGGUUUGAAAGCUGAAGUUGAGGAGUUGGAUGAGAAUUUCACUUCCAUCUCUGAACGCAUCACAUCAUUUUCUUCAGCUAAUGGGGAAUUUUGUGGUAAACACAUAAGAUUUAUAUCAUCAGAUUCAGAGGAUGCGAACAGUGAUGGUGAUCAAGAUGAAACUGGAAACAUAAAAAAUUCAGAGCAACCAAGCAUAUGUCCUUACCUAAAUGCAUCUGAAGAAAUGAUGCCACUGGGUUUGGAAACUGAAGUCAAGGUUAGCUUACACACAACAAGUGGCAGUGAUAUAUAUAGUAAGGAUAUUAGUCAAUCUGACAGUACCUUUCGCUCCCUUUUGGAUAAGACCGAGCGUGAUCUCAGGCAAUCCAAGAGAAAACGAAAAUUUGAUGAUAUUCAGAUUCUCAUGGCUUCUCACACAGAAGUAGUCAAAAGAAAAGUGGUUCAGACAAAGCCUUUUACUCGUAGGAAGGGAACAAAAAUUUCUCCGUUGGGGAAUCAAGACUCAAAUGGUUCAAGCGAUUCAUCACAAGGCAAUGAUUCAAUUAAGAUGUUUGUUAACACUUGGAAAGAGGCAUGUCGGAUAAACAAUGCAGAUGAGGUUUUUGAAAGGAUGCUUCAGUUCUAUAAAGUGAAGAAGAAAGCUAAAGUGACGACAUUGUUUUCAUCAUUUCCAUUUUGUGGGUUGCUUCAAGUUGCUGUUACAUCUAUUCAACAUGGGAUGUGGGAUAGUUUGUAUGAUAAGCUCCAAAUGUUUAACCAAUUUGAGUUAACCAGCACAGGUGCUGAAAAUUGUGUUAAUUCCAUAUGCAUUGAGGUUGAAUCACCUGAAAGAGGUGCUACCAAUCACUCUGAUAGGCUCUUGGUGUGUGAAAGUGGUUUCACCGUUGGGGACAUAAUUGGUAAAAUUUCUACAUACUUUGAGGGUGGUGAUGAUGCCUGGUCCACUGCAAGUUCACACCAUGAGAAGUUUUUCUUCCUCUUGAAUAAGUUUUGCAAGCUUGAAUCUUGGUUGACAGAGCAGUUUUCUGUCAAGCAAUUUGAGUCACUUGGUUAUAGGGAUAUCUGGUCCUUCCUGGAGAAAAAUAUGCACCUGUUUAGUCAUACUUUACCAAGUUGCUUAACAGGUGACAUGCAUGAGAAACCUUCUCUGGUACCUUCAAUGCUUGAUUAUCAGUUUGAUCUGUUGUUAUCUCAGGCUUCACAAUGCUUAUGGGAGACUGAAGAAGUAGGCAAGCAAAGAAUCUCUGAGUUACUAAUGAGACAAUUUCCUUUAGUCUGUUUAAAAGUAGCUGGAAGUGACUUAAUGAUGGGUGUCGAGGGUUUUAUGAAGAUAAAUAAAGGUGAUAUGACCUUAAAAUCUGUUGUAUUCUCCGGAACACUGCUCAAGGAAGAUGCAGUAGGAAGAUUUCACAAAAAUAUGUUAGAGAAAAUGGGUUUAGAGAAUGGUGAAGGAAACGGAGCUCGUAUAGUUAUGUCCAAAGAAGCCAAGAAAGUCUUGCUAAAAAGUCCAAUGUUGAUAGAUCUGAACUUGUGGUCACAUUGGGAUGUUGUGUUUGCUCCUUCUCUAGGUUCUCUUGCGGGUUGGCUGUUGAACGAGGUAAGUACCAAAGAGUUGUUAUAUUUGGUGACUGCAUGCGGGAAGGUUGUCCGUGUUGAUCAUUCAGCCACUGUUGAUUCUUUUCUGAAUGUACUGCUGCAAGGAAAUCCUUUUGAUACUGCUGUCAAACUGUUAUCUCUUUUGGUCUUAUAUGGUGGUGAAAAAAAUGUUCCUUUUUCACUUCUAAAAUGCCAUGCACGUCAUGCAUUUGAAGUUUUAAUUGAACAUUAUGAGGAAACAAAAUCACAGGAUCCCCUCAAGGAUACUAAAUUUAUGUCUAGACAGGUUAUAAAUGAUAGAAGUACAUUCACUAUAAACAGCAAGGUACCGAGGAGUGAUAGGGUGGAUAGUGCCAUGUCUUUUGUGUCAAGAUUUGUACUUGAUUGUCUGGGCUAUCUGCCAGUUGAGUUUUACUGUUUUGCUGCAGACAUAUUGCUUGCAGGAUUGCAGCCAUUUGUCAAAGAUGCCCCUUCAGCUAUCUUAGGUGAAUGUGAAUGCAUAGAGCAGCGUCUUAUGCUUCAUCGAGUUGGAAUGUUGCUUGGCAUAAUGGAUUGGGUUGACGAUAAACAGAAGUUGGCUUCCAGUUCUGCCUCUAGCUUGUUUAUGUCUUCUGGAUCAUCAUGCUUGGGAGUCACAGAGCUUGAUCUCAGCGAAGAUUCAACCAUUAUGCAUGUAGUGUCAAACAAAUAUCCCUUGUCUAGAAGUGGAAUUAGCCUCUCACCCGAUCCAAUGCAGCAAGAUGAAAAUCAAGAAGCCUGCUGCUCUGCUGUUGUAACUAAUGUCCAUCUUGAUAAUUUGGCUGGUUAUGCCAAAAUGCACUCAUGUGAGCUUGAGUGUUCUGCUGCCAGGGUUAUUGAAUCUAUUCAACAAGAAGAAUUCGGUCUGCAGCCUGAUCAAUCACUAGUUGAAAGUGCAUUGUUGAAGAAGCAACAUGCUCGCUUGGGGAGAGCACUUCAUUGUCUUUCACAGGAGUUGUAUUCUGAGGAUUCACAUUUUAUCCUUGAGCUGGUGCAGAAUGCUGAUGAUAAUACCUACCCUGAGACUGUCGAGCCCAGUUUGACUUUCAUUCUUCAGGAUAAAGGCAUUGUAGUUCUAAACAAUGAACGAGGUUUUUCUGCUGAUGACAUCAGAGCACUCUGUGAUGUUGGAAACUCUACUAAGAAAGGACGCAAUGCUGGAUACAUUGGCAAGAAAGGCAUUGGUUUCAAAUCAGUAUUCCGGGUCACUGAUGCUCCGGAGAUUCACUCCAAUGGCUUCCAUAUUAAGUUUGAUAUCACUAAUGGGCAGAUAGGUUUUGUUUUGCCAACUGUUGUUCCUCCGUGUGACAUUGACUUCUAUACCAGAUUGGCAUCGACAGAUCCUGAUUGCAAUCAUUGGAAGACAUGCAUAGUGCUUCCCUUGAGAUCAAGUCUCUUGGAAAGGUCCAGCGGAAAAAAUAUUAUAUCAAUGUUUGCUGAUCUUCAUCCAUCAUUACUGCUUUUUCUUCACCGUCUUCACUGUAUCAAAUUUCGAAAUAUGUUGAGCGAUUCUAUUAUUGUUAUGAGGAAAGAAGUUGUGGGAAAUGGUAUUGUUAACGUUUCCUAUGGAGAGGAGAAAAUGACUUGUUAUGUUGUAUCCCAGAAAUUACAAGCUGACACUAUUCGUCCAGAUAUGCCAACAACAGAAAUUUCCAUAGCAUUUACAUUGCAGGAAACAGCUGAUGGAAGCUACAACCCACAUCUGGACCAACAACAUGUUUUUUCAUUCCUUCCUCUGAGAAAGUAUGGCUUGAAGUUUAUACUUCAGGGAGACUUUGUACUCCCUUCGUCCAGGGAAGGAGUUGAUGGUGAUAGUCCUUGGAACCAGUGGUUGUUGUCAGAGUUCCCUAGCUUGUUUGUUAGUGCUGAGAGGUCAUUUUGUGAUCUACCAUGUUUUAGGGAUAAUCCAGCAAAAGGCGUUACAGCUUACAUGAGCUUCGUUCCCCUUGUAGGAGACGUUCAUGGUUUCUUUUGUAGUCUUCCUCGGAUGAUUCUUUCUAGAUUACGCACAUCGAACUGCUUGUUACAAGAAGGUACAGAAAAUGAAUGGGUUGCUCCAUGCAGAGUUUUGAGCAAUUGGACGGAAGAAUCUCGUAAGCUCUUGCCUGAUAGCUUGCUUCGUAAGCAUCUUGGUUUAGGGUUCUUGCAUAAAGAUAUAAUUUUGCCAGAUUUGUUAGCCAGGGUCCUAGGGAUUGAGAAGUAUGGACUGAAGGUUCUAUUUCAGGUUAUGACUUCUUUAUGCUCUUCAGAAGAUGGUCUAAAGUCAAUGGGUUUGGGAUGGUUGUGUGUGUGGUUAAAUACUGUAUAUAAUUUGUUAUCAAAUAGUGAAAGCUCAGCAGGUUUUCGGACAGCAACAGAUCUCAUGAAUGACCUCAGGAAAAUUCCAUUUAUUCCCCUUUCGGAUGGCAAGUAUGGAUCACUGGAUGAAGGAGUAAUUUGGUUGCAUCUUGAUCCACUGGGAUCUACAAUUGAUGAUAAGUAUGCAGCAGAAACUUUCCCAGGACUGUACGCUAGUCUUAGAACAGUGAGUUCUGCACUUCUUUCUGCUGCCGCUGCUCUUGGCACAUCACAUUGUGAAUCAUCAAUAUUAGAUAACGUUACUAGAAUUCUGUAUAGAGCUGGUGUUGAGCCUUUAUCGGCACAUCAAAUAGCAAAAAAACAUAUUGUGCCAUCUCUCUACAGAGAGCAGAAUGGACGCAGCCAUAGAGAAAUAAUGACAGAGGAUCUUGCCUUCUUUAUGUUGCAUUUGCAAUCGAAUUGCCCUGACUGCCAAUCAGAAAAGGAGCAAAUUAUCAGAGAAGUGCGUGACAGUGCUUUUUGCCAGUGUGACUCUUGCAUAUGUCAAUGUCCAGAACUCCAUAGCAACAGCCUGUUUCUUGCAUUUCUUCCUCUGAGGAAGUAUGGUCUGAAGUAUAAACUUCAGGGGGAUUUUGUAGUCCCUUCAUCUGGAGAUGAAGUUGCUGAUGAUAUUGCUUGGAACCAGUGGCUGUUGUCAGAGUUCCCUGGCUUAUUUGCUAGUACGGAAAGGUUAUUUUGUGAUCUUUCAUGUUUUAGGAAUAAUCCAGCAAAGGGUGUUACAGCAUAUAUGAGCUUUGUUCCCGUUGUAGGGGAGGACCAUGGUUUCUUUUCUAGUCUUCCGAGGAUGAUUCUCUCUAGAUUACGCAUGUCAAACUGCUUGAUACUAGAAGGUACAGAAAAUGAAUGGGUUGCUCCAUGCAAAGUUCUGCGAAAUUGGACAGAAGAGUCCCGUAACCUUUUGCCUGAUAGCUUACUUCAGAAGCAUCUUGGGGUUGGAUUCUUGCACAAAGAUAUUGUUUUAUCAGAUUUAUUAGCCAGGGCUCUUGGAAUUGUGGAGUACGGACUGAAGGCACUAAUUCAGGUUAUAACUUCUCUAUGCUCUUCAGAAGAUGGUCUAAAGUUGAUGGGUUUGGGAUGGAUAUCUGCAUGGUUAAACACGGUUUAUACAUUGUUGUCAAAUGGAAAAGACUCAGCAGGUUUUGAGACAGAAUCAGACCUCAUGAAGGACCUUAAGAAAAUUUCAUUUAUUCCCCUUUCAGAUGGUAAUUAUGGAUCACUGGAUGAAGGUGCAAUUUGGUUGCAGUUUGAUUCGAUGGGCUAUAUGAUUGAUGGUGACUAUGUGCCAGAAACUUUCCCAAGAUUGCAUGCUAGUCUCAGAAUCGUGAGUCCUGCACUUCUUUCUGCUGCUGCUACUCUUGGCACAUCAAACCGUGAAUCAUCAGAAGUAGAUAAUGUAAUUAAGAUGCUGUAUAGAGCUGGUGUCCAACGGUUAUCGACACAUCAAAUAGUAAAGAAGCAUAUUCUGCCAUCUCUCUACAGUGAGAAAAAUGGAGAAAGAUAUAGAGACUUAAUGACAGAGUAUGUUGCCUUCUUGAUGUUCCACUGGCAAUCGAGUUGCCCUGACUGUCAAUUAGAAAAGGAGCAAAUUAUCAAUGAAGUGCGUGUCAGUGCUUUUUGCCAGUGUGACUCUUGCGUAUGUCAAUGUCCAGAACUCCACAGCAAUAGCCUGUAUUUUGCAUUUUUUCCUCUCAGAAAGUAUGGUCUGAAGUACAAACUUCAGGGUGAUUUUAUACUGCCUUCAUCUAGAGAAGCUGAUGGUGAUAAUACUUGGAACCAAUGGUUGUUGUCAGAGUUUCCUGGCUUGUUUGUUAGUACUGAGGGGUCAUUUUGUAAUAUGCCGUGUUUUAGGGAUAAUCCGGCAAAGGGUGUUACAGUUUAUAUGAGCUUUGUUCCCCUUGUAGGAGAAGGUCAUGGUUUCUUUUCUAGUCUUCCUCAGAUGAUUCUAUCUAGAUUACGCAUGUCAAACUGUUUGAUAGUAGAAGGUGCAGGAACUGAAUGGAUUGCUCCAUGUAAAGUUUUGCGCAAUUGGACGGAAGAGUCUCGUAAGCUCUUGCCUGAUAGCCUGCUUCGCAAGCAUCUUGGUGUUGGAUUCAUGCAUAAGGAUAUAAUUUUACCAGAUUUAUUAGCGCGGGCUCUUGGGGUUGAGGAGUAUGGAUUGAAGGUUCUAUUUCAGGUUAUAACUUCUCUAUGCUCUUCAAAAGAUGGUCUAAGGUCAAUGGGUUUGGGUUGGUUGUCUGCAUUCUUAAACACGGUUUAUACAUUGUUGUCAGAUGGGAAAGACUUAGCAGGUUUUGGGACGGAAUCAGAUCUCAUGAGGGACCUUAAGAAAAUUCCAUUUAUUCCCCUUUCAGACGGUAAAUAUGGAUCUUUGGAUGAAGGUGCAAUUUGGUUGCAUUUUCAUUCACUGGGUGCCACAAUUAAUGAUGUGUAUGCACCAGAAACUUUCCCAAGAUUGUAUGCUAGUGUUAGAACUGUGAGUUCUGCACUUCUUUCAGCUGCUGCUGCUCUUGGCACAUCAUGCUGUGGUUCAUCAGUAGUAGAUAAUGUUUCUAUGAUGCUGUACAGAGUUGGUGUCCAGCGGUUAUCGGCGCAUCAAAUAGUAAAGAUACAUAUUCUACCUUAUCUUUACAGAGAACAAAAUGAACAAGGACAUAAAGAAAUUAUGACAGAGUAUCUUGCUUUCUUGAUGAUCCACUUACAGUCAAGUUGCUGCGACUGCCAAUCAGAAAAAGAGCAGAUUAUCAGGGAACUGCGUGACAAUGUCUUUAUUUUGACUAAUCAUGGCUGCAGGCGUCCUGGAGAGGUUCCCAUCCAUUUCAGCAAAGAAUAUGGAAAUCCCAUAGACAUGAGUCGAUUAAUUCAAGGAUUAGAUCUUACAUGGCAUGAAAUUGAGGAUACAUACUUAAAGCAUCCAGUCAACAGAAUGUUAACUGGAAGUGUAUUAAAGUGGCGAAAGUUUUUCCAGGAAAUGGGAAUCAGUGAUUUUGUUCAGGUUCUUCAAGUUGAGAAAAGUAUGUCUGAUGUAUGCCCUCUUCCCAUGAAUGUGACAUGGGAUAAAGAUUUGAUUCCCGUAGGGUCAAUUGCAAAAGAUUGGAUGUCUGAAGAAUUUGUCAAUAUACUAUUACUACUGUCUUCUACUCAUGACACGGGAAAAUGCAACUAUCUCUUGGAGGUACUUGAUAGAUUGUGGGAUGAUUAUUUCAGUGAUAAGGUUACCGGCUUCUAUUUCACUUCCAAUGGAGAAAGGAAAAUUUUUGAUUCAUCAUUCAGCAGAAUCCUUUGUGAUGUUCGAUGGAUAGCAUCAAGUCUCGAUAAUGAGCUCCACUGGCCAAGGGAGUUAUUCCAUGAUUGUGAGGCUGUGCGCUCAAUUUUUGGUGGUAAUGCUCCUUAUACUGUUCCCAAGGUGAGAAGUGAAAGAUUGUUAACAGCUCUUGGUUUGAAAACCCAAGUAACAGCCGAUGACACGCUAUCAAUUCUUAAAGUUUGGAGAGCCAAAGCUCCCUUGAGAGCUAGUGUGUCACAAAUGUCCAGAUUUUACACAUUCAUGUGGAAUACGAUGAAUACUUCUGAGAGAAAAGUGGUUGAAGAAUUACGUGAUGCGCCUUGUGUGUUUAUUCCUUUGAAGUUUGGUGCUUCACUUGAAGAUGCUGUACCUGGUGUUCUGUUGUCACUUAAAGAAGUCUUUUGGUGCGAUUCAACUGGUUCUGUGGACCAAGUGAAGAUGGUCAAUACAAAAUUUGUCCAACAACAUCCUGUUACCAGAAUAUUAUGUAGCUUGUACCCAGGCCUUCAUGACUUUUUUGUUAAUAGAUGUGGAGUGGAUGAGUUCCCUCAUUUCCAUGGAUACCUUCAAAUAUUGCUGCAUUUGUCUGCGGUUGCUUUACCUUUACAAGAAGCUAAGAAGGUUUUCAAUAUAUUUCUCAAGUGGGCUGAUGAGCUAAAAUCUGGCUCUUUGAGAUUUGAAGAUGUUGAUUUCUUGGAAAAGAGUCUUAAGGAAAAGCAGUACCUGAUUCUUCCCACUGCAAAAAAUAAAUGGGUAUCUCUCAACCAAUCCUUUGGGCUCAUCUGUUGGUGUGAUGAUGAUAAGUUAAGAACGGAAUUUGAGCAUUUUGAUAAUAUUAACUUUCUCUACUUUGGGGAACUCAAUGAUGAGAAUAAGGAAAUUCUCCGAACAAAAGUUUCGAUCUUCAUGCGUAGAGUUAAUAUUCCUUCUCUUUCAGAGGUUGUAACACGUGAAAUCAUAUAUGAUGAUCCAACAGACACUUGUUUUAUAGCUUCAAUGGUUAACUGGGCCCUCCCAUAUGCUCAACAAUAUAUUUAUAACAAUUACACAGACAAGUAUUUGCAGCUCAGCCAGUCUGUAUUUGAGAACUUAAGAUGCCUACAGAUCGUUGUCGUUGAAAAGCUGUUCUACAGGAAUGUUAUUAGAAGUGUCCACAUAGAAUCAGAGAAGCAGUUUGAGUGCAAUUGUCUGCUAGAGGGAAACAUCUUGUAUGCCACUCGAGGAUCAGAUUCUCAUUCAAUAUUCAUGGAGAUUUCUCGUUUGUUCUAUUCUAGAGCUCCUGACUUGCACUUAGCGAACUUUCUUCAUAUGAUCACGACAAUGGCAAAGUCAGGUUCCACUGAGGAGCAAAUUGAGUUUUUCAUUUUGAAUAGCCAGAAAAUGCCCAAGCUUCCUGUAGGUGAAUCUGUUUGGUCACUUGCUAACAUUCCAUUGUCAACUGAUAGUGUGACAUGGCUGAUGACUAGUUGUGCUUCUAAAACAAUUAGUGAGACAAACACUGUGAAUUCCAAGAACAAACCUGGAGGCAACUCAUAUUGCUCAACUAGGAAAACUGAUCAUGGUGGCCAUGAUUCUCGUGCAAGUGUUAUGAAGACACAGGCGGCCAGUAGCAUCCAACCAAGGAAGGAAGAGACUAGCAAAGAAGUUAUAGAAGAAACAUCUACUCAGGUUCCAACUCAGAUCACUUGCGUUAGCAACGAUCCAGCAGCCUGUGCAGACUGGAAAACUGAACAUAGUUUCCAUGGUUCUUGUGCAAGUGUUAUGAGGACACAUGCAGACAGUUAUAUCCAACCAAAGAGGGAGGAGACUAUUGAAGAAGUUAUAGAAGAAACAUCUGCACUGGUUCCAACUCACAUCACUUGUGUUCACAAUGAUCCAGUACCCGCUGAUGGGAAAACUGGUCAUGGUUUCUAUGGUUCUCAUGCUAGUUUUAUGAAAACACAGGCAUCCAGUGAUAUCCAACCAAGAAAGGAGGAGACUGUUGAAGGAGUUAUGGCAGAAACAUCUGCUCUGGCUCCAACUGAGAUCACUUGUGGUCGGAAUGAUCCAGCACCCACUGUUGACAGGAAAACUGAUCAUGGUUUCCGAGGUAGUGUUAUGAAAACACAGGCAGCUAGUGGCAUCCAACCAAGAAAGCCGGCUUCAACUGAGAUCACUCAUGGUCGCAAUAAUCCAGCAUCUGGUGCAACUUUACUAGGUUCACGAGAUACUGAUCAUGUAUGUAAUAGGCUCGUAUCUUCUACUAUCAACGCUGCAAGUAGUUCUACUUAUAAUGUGACUAUACCACAAGAUCUGAAUUAUAGUUCAUUUGAUAUGAGAGAAAGAGGUCAGCCUUCAGUAGGCAUGGGUUAUCCUCAACAGGCAUCGUUAACUGGCAGAUUCUCCAGUCAUGUACAUAAUGUGUUGGUGCCGUCUACUGUGAAUGCAGCAAUUAAUAACGUGACAGCACCACAAGACCUGAACUAUAAUUCAUUUGAUGCCAGAGAAAGAGUUCAGUUGUCUUCUGGCAUGGUUUAUCCUCAACAGCCAUUGUCAACUGGCAGAUUCUCUGAUCAUAUACAUAAUGUGCUGGUGCCGUCUACUGUGAAUGCAGCAUUUACUAAUGUGACAGCACCACAAGACCUGAACUAUAAUUCAUGUGAUGCGAGAGAAAGAGUUCAGUUGUCUUUUGGCAUGGUUGAUCCUCAACAGGCAUUGUUUACUGGUAGACUCGGAGAAUCUGCUGCAUUCAAUUACUUUGUGGGGAAAUUUGGCAAGCCUUUUGUGAAAUGGGUUAAUGAAACUAAUGAGACGGGGCUUCCUUACGACCUUCUUGUGGCAGGUAAUGAGUAUAUAGAAGUAAAGGCAACUAGAUCAGUGACAAAGGAUUGGUUCCAUAUUACUUUGAGGGAAUGGCAGUUUGCACUUGAAAAAGGUGAACUUUUUAGCAUUGCACAUGUUGUAUUGUCACCUCAUAAUGCAGCAACAGUGACUGUUUACAAGAACCCAGCCAGACUCUGUUGUCUUGGUAAACUACAGUUAGCUCUUAUAAUACCCAAGUGAUAAACUUUUUAGAUUGUAUACAAAUCUAAUUCAUCUUUCAGAAUUAGAUGAUGAUAGAAUAUGAUGAGAAAUGCUUGCAUCAUUCAUGAAAUCAAGUUAAUUACUUUAUCUUGGAUCAACCCAAAUUUAUGAAUGGAAGU